AUGGUAACUUUCAAUUGUGAGGUCUGCAACGACACUGUUCCUAAGAAAAACACCGAAAAACAUUAUUACAGAUGUCCUAACGCUUAUUACACUUGCAUCGACUGUAACGUCACUUUCGAUGACGGAGUUUCUUAUAAGGCACACACCCAGUGCAUAAGUGAGGACGAAAGGUAUCAAGGCGCGCUGUACAAGGGCAAAAAACAAAAGGGUAAGCCACAGCAGAAACCUGUCCAGCCUCAACAACCACCACAGAGCGAGAAAGCACAGAAUGACGAGAAACCUGCAGCGAAAGUAGAGAAGAAAAAGGCCCCAAAAAGUGCUAAGAAAUCAAUGGAAAAACCGGCAGAUGCCUCUGGCAUCUCGCUUGCCGGAAAAAAGGGCAGCAGCUUGUACAAGAUUCUCAAAUCUGUGAAAAACAAGGACGAGAAAAAGAAGCUGUUGAAGAAUCUCGUGGUUGAUGAAGAGGGCCGUUUGAUCUAUCAGAAUGAAUGA